UUUAUUAUGUUAACGUUUUCGGUCUUCUUAAUCGACCUUCUUUUGGAUAUAUCUGUAUUUUACAAUUUAAAAAGAGUAAAUUCAUUUAUUCAGUAACGGUUUACGACGUUCGAAUUUUACGACGAAAGAAAUUUUAAAAACGCGCGUGCCAAACCAAACGAAUUUUUAAAAUCCGUUCGUUUUGUUCCAAAAACGAAACUUUGCGCUUUCCGAUUGCUUAUAUUUCGGCAAUCCCUUUAUAGAAAUUCUUCAAAUAUUGCACACUACCUAAGAAAAUAAUUAUUUUUCGAACGAAAUAUUCAGGAUAACUUUAGGCGUUUGGGGAGCGGAGAAAUCGACCCCCUAAAAUCUGCGACUCUGACUUCCGUAUUCUUAUAUAUAGGCAGUCAGUGACUAUGUUUACUUGCAGCGAAGUCACUGCUGUGACUCUCCAUAUUUCUAACACAUUUAUAGACGAUUCGCGGUUAAGACAUCAGCCUAUCGCUUUGUGGAAUCAGAAACCAAAUUUGGGCAAAUAACUCUCACCGGUUCCUUUGCAGACCUGGCCGAAUCCUCACUCGAUAUAAUUGAAAAGCUGCUCUCGGUGACCACGGAGUGGACAGAAUCAAAUAAUAAUAAAAAAUUCCAAAUCUUUAACGGUACUGGAGCGUAUGUCACAGCCUUAAAUGCAAAAUCUAAAAACUAUUUUUGAAAAAUAGAGCAAUUUUAUAGGAAACGAAAUACUAUUUCAAAGACUAUUUGAAUAUUUUAAAUAUGGCAACGAAACGUUUUAAAACUGAAGACGAAAAGGAUUUCAGUCCAGCAGACAUUAUUCUUCACAACGAUCCCAGUGGAAAAAAAGGAUCUUUUACUAUUCGUAGUAAUAUAUCUUCUGCUCUUGCCUUUAAGAUAAAAUGUAGUGAUCCGGCUUUCAAAAUCAAGCCACAAACAGGAGUUCUUGGCAAGAAAGGUUCGAAUGCAAAUAUAAAUGUCAUGUUGUCACCAAAUAGAAAAAGCGCGAAGAACGUACAAUUUUUUGCGCUAUUUACUGCUGUAGAUAAUAUAAAUCUUACCGAAGAAGAUAUAAAUGAACUGUUUGACAAUUCGUCCGAAAGUUUAGACAAAUAUCUAAAGAAAAUAUUAAUUUCAGAAAGCAAGAGUACAAUUAUGAGUAGUUUAACUAAUUUUACAGAAGGUUAUAUUUUAAACUUUAUUUUAUUCAUUAUUUUCAUCAUUUUUCUUCAGUGUUACUGCAUUUAAUAAUUUGGCUCUUUAUGGAAUCCUGCCAACGAAAUUUUCUAAUGAAACAUUCUAAUGAACAAUUUGAAUAAAUAAAGCUUAAGAUUAAAUAGAUGAUAUCGCUGUUGGUUUUUUAAAUUCAAUUUCCGCCUAGAAAAUACUCGGAAGAAAUAUCUGAAAGGAAGAAAGACAAAAUACAUCAGAAAUCGAACUCGCAAUUUCUUGUGUAAGCGCAAUAUAGGCCUCGUAUUUCCAAAUUGGUAUUAAAGUAAGAAUUAUAU